AUGGUACUCCUUCGCGAGAAUUUCAUUCAACUUCAGUAUAUCGGUCUCUGGCAGCCGCUCUGCUGGCCAUCCAACGACAUAAAAUCGCGUGUUUACUGGCUGUACACAAUUCACAUACUAGUCAUGAUCCAUUGUUUCACGUUAUCCGAAGCUCUCAGUCUGUUCACUCUCAUCGAGAACAUCGAGGACUUCUCGGAUAAUUGUUUCAUGUUACUGACAAUGUUCGCUGUAUGUGUCAAAGCAGUGGUGACUCUACUCAGGAGAUCGGAGAUCAUAGAUAUUCUCACAGCACUCGAUGUGCACCCGUUCAAGCCGAUGAAUACUGACGAGGAGAGGAUUCAGGAGGAAUUCAACAAGCGAAUCAGAUUCUUUACCUUCUUUUAUGCUGGAGUCGUAGAAUGCUCCGUAUGGAUCAUGAGCAUCUCCGUUUUCUUCCAAGGAAUACCUUUCGGUGUCUUACCUUAUAAAGCAUGGUUACCGUAUGAUUAUUCAAAGUCCACUGUUUACUGGUUGACAUUUUGCGCUCAACUCUUCACUAUCAUUAUUGGGGCGAAUAUUUGCAUUGGCUGUGAUACCGUCAUGCCUGGAUUCUACACAAUAGUGUGCGCUCAAUUCAAUAUUUUGAGAUAUCGAUUGGAAAAGGUGAUCGAUGAAUUUGACGAUGCGAUUGUAUUGAAACCGGAGGAAAUGAUUUUCACGUACAGAGAACAUUGCGAGAAAGGCAUCAUCACUUGUGUUCAGUAUCACAAGGCUAUUUUUGAAAUUGCCAAGAAAAUAAAUUCCAUCUCAAGCAGUAUAAUUUUCGUCCAGUAUCUGGCGAGCUCAAUCAUCAUAUGUCUAAGUAUCUUCAUGUUAUCGCAUAUGCCACUUUUUUCUUCUCAAUUUGUCUAUUUUACUUUGUAUCUGACAUGUAUGAUGUCGCAAAUUUUCUUGCUCUGCGCUUCAGCAAAUGAAGCAACUAUCGAAUGUCAGAACUUGACGACGGGUAUUUAUAAUACGAAAUGGUACAAUCUGAAUCAUCGCGCCAAGAGUUAUCUAGGCCUCGUGAUGGUUCGCACGUUGCGACCAGUCAUUUUCAAGAGCGGUCACAUCAUUGUUCUUUCUCUGAGCUCUUUCAGUAAUCUCCUGAAACACUCAUACUCCGCUUAUAAUGUGCUUCAGCAGAGUUCGAAGUGA